AUGGCCACAGCUUCUUAUAGUGAACACUGGAGAAAUCUCCGACGUAUCGGAGCCGUCGAGAUUUUCUCUGCUCAUCGGCUUAAUAGCUUUUCCUCUGUUCGCCGUGACGAGAUCCGGCGACUUAUAGUUCGUCUCUCAACAACUUCUUCAGACGAAUUUGCUAAGGUGGAGAUGAGAUCAAUGUUAUCUCACAUAACAUUCAACAACAUCAUCAGAAUGGUGGCUGGAAAACGUUACUAUGGAAACGGUGCAGAGGAUGACGACUCAGAGGCCAAAAAGCAGCUUAUCGCGGAGGCAAUGAGUAGUUUAAGCGCAGGAAACGUGGUUGAUUAUUUACCGUUCUUACGUUGGGUCACAAAUUUCGAGAAACGGAUCAAGAAGCUAGCCGGUAGGCUUGAUGAGUUCUUUCAAGGACUAGUCGAUGAAAAACGAGCAGCGAAAGAGAAAGGGAACACGAUGAUCGAUCACUUGCUUUCUCUCCAAGAAUCCCAACCCGAGUACUACACAGACCGCAUCAUCAAAGGAACCAUACUCUCUUUGAUACUGGCGGGGACCGAUACAUCAGCGCUAACAUUGGAAUGGGCAUUGUCGAGUUUGUUGAACCAUCCAGAGAUAAUGAACAAGGCGAGAGACGAAAUCGAUAGUAAAGUUGGUUCAAAAAGGCUUGUGGAAGAAUCAGACAUCUCAAAUCUGCCUUAUCUUCAGAACAUUGUGUCUGAAACGUUACGUCUAUACCCUGUAGGGCCUUUGAUGGUCCCUCAUGUCGCGUCGGAAGACUGUAAAGUAGGGGGCUACGAUAUGCCACGAGGUACGACAUUAUUGGUGAAUGUGUGGGCUAUACAUAAAGAUCCUCGGCUAUGGGAUGAUCCCACGAUUUUCAAGCCAGAGAGGUUCGAGAAAGAAGGGGAGGCUCAUAAGCUAAUGGCGUUCGGGUUAGGGAGAAGAGCAUGUCCUGGUUCCGGACUGGCUCAACGGCUAGUGAGCUUGACUCUAGGGUCUUUGAUUCAAUGUUUUGAAUGGAAGAGAAUUGGAGAAGAAGAGGUGGAUAUGAGUGAAGGUGGAGGAGUCACAAUGCCUAAAGCCAAACCGUUGGUCGCCAUGUGCAGAGCACGUGCCUCUCUUGUGGGAGGAUACGAUAUGCCGCGUGGCACGAUACUAUUAACCAACAUGUGGGCUAUACAUAGACAUCUUCAGCGAUGGGAUGAUCCAACGAGUUUCAAGCCAGAGAGGUUUGAGAAAGAAGGAAAGGCUCAUAAGUUAAUGCCGUUUGGGUUGGGAAGAAGGGCGGCUUGUCCUGCGAUCUCUUGGCCGUUAAUCGGCCACCUCUACCUCCUCAAGCCACCGCUCCACCGAACGUUUCUUUCCCUCUCUCAAUCCAUCGGAAAUGCUCCGAUCUUCCACCUCUACCUCGGAAACCGCCUCGUUUACGUCAUCACGUCACGUUCCAUAGCCGAAGAAUGUUUCACCGAAAACGACGUCAUUCUCGCGAACCGUCCUACGUUCAUCGUGAGCAAGCAUGUCGGUUACAACGCCACACACUUGCUCGCGGCGUCUUACGGCGAUCAUUGGAGGAACCUCCGCCGUAUCGCCGCCGUAGAGAUAUUCUCGACUCAUAGACUCAACACGUUUUUGUAUAUUCGUAAAGACGAGAUCCGACAGCUCAUCUUACGUCUCUCUCGAGGGUCCUUACACGGAUUUGUGGAGGUGGAGAUGAAAUCACUAUUAGCCAAUUUGGCAUCCAACAACAUCAUCAGAAUGUUGGCCGGAAAAAGAUACUAUGGUGACGACAACAACGAUGAAGCUAAACUCGUGAGGCAGCUUGUGUCGGAGGUGGUGACCAGUGCCGGUGCUGGAAACCCAGCUGAUUAUCUUUCAGUUGUACGGUGGGUCACAAAUUAUGAAAAACGAAUCAAGAAUUUGGGAAAUCGGUUCGAUGCGUUUUUACAAAGAUUGAUCGAUGAGAAACGUGCAGAGAAAGAAAAAGGUCAAACUAUGCUCGAUCAUUUGCUUUCUCUCCAAGAAACCCAACCGGAGUAUUAUACUGAUGUCAUCAUUAAAGGAAUCAUGCUCACUCUGAUAGUUGCAGGGACAGAUACAUCAGCGGUAACACUAGAAUGGGCAAUGUCGAAUUUGUUGAACCAUCCAGAAAUACUUAAAAAAGCAAGGAUCGAAAUCGAUGAUAAAAUCGGUUUAGACAGGUUAGUAGACGAACCGGACAUUGUGAAUCUUCCUUAUCUACAAAAUAUUGUGUCGGAAACAUUACGUUUGUAUCCUGCCGUUCCGCUACUACUACCUCAUGUGGCAUCAGAAGAUUGUAAAGUGGGAGGCUAUGAUGUGCCAAGUGGAACGAUGGUACUGAUCAACGCAUGGGCAAUGCAUAGAGAUCCAAAGUUAUGGGAAGAUCCGGAGAUGUUUAAGCCAGAGAGAUUCGAGAAAGAAGGUGAGGCUGAGAAGUUAAUGCCAUUUGGCAUGGGAAGAAGAGCUUGUCCUGGAGCCGGACUUGCUCAACGGUUAGUGAGUUUGGCUCUUGGAACUUUGGUUCAAUGUUUUGAGUGGGAAAGGGUCAGUGAGGAACUUGUGGAUAUGACCGAAGACAAAGGAGCUACGUUGCCCAAAGCAAUGCCGUUGCGAACCAUGUGCAAGGCACGUCCCAUUGUUGGUAAACUGAUAUAA